CCUUUUAUUUACGCUCCAUCAGUUUGUAUGCCCGUAAAGGGAAGGAGGUGCUGUCUGCAGAAAGCUCAAGGAAAAAUUGUGAAACAUGUAUAAAGCAAUUAACAAAACAAAUCUGAGACAACUGCCCAGUCUGUUCCAGAGAUUUCAGAGUACAUUAGUGGUGGCCGAGCACAACAAUGACACACUGACCCCAAUCACACUAAACGCCAUCACUGCAGCCAGCAAAAUAGGAGGGGAGGUGGCCUGUCUUGUUGCUGGAACAAAUUGCACAAAGGUUGCAGAAGAAGUUAGCAAAGUUAAAGGAGUCCAAAAAGUUCUGGUGGCCCAGCAUGAUGCAUAUAAGGGUGCUCUGGCUGAGGAGCUGACCCCCCUGAUUUUGGCGACACAGAAGCAGUUCAGCUUCACACACAUUUGUGCUGGAGCCUCUGCCUUUGGGAAGAACCUCCUGCCCCGAGUUGCUGCAAAGCUUGAUGUAGCUCCAAUCUCAGACAUCAUUGAGAUCAAAUCUCCAGACACUUUCGUCAGAACCAUCUAUGCGGGGAACGCUCUCAGCACGGUCAAGUGCAACGAGCCCGUCAAGGUCCUCACGGUGAGAGGGACUUCGUUUGAGGCGGCGGCGGCGGAAGGAGGCAGCUUAGCCACUGAGGAAGUCUCCCCUUCUUCUCCUGUGGGUGUGUCCGAAUGGUUGGAGCAGACCCUGACCAAGAGUGACCGUCCAGAGCUCACCAGCGCCAAGGUGGUGGUGUCAGGAGGCAGAGGGCUGAAGAGUGGGGACAACUUCAAGCUGCUGUACGACCUGGCUGACAAGAUGAACGCUGCAGUUGGUGCGUCCAGAGCGGCUGUCGAUGCUGGCUUUGUCCCCAAUGACAUGCAGGUUGGGCAGACUGGCAAAAUUGUGGCUCCGGAACUGUACAUUGCUGUUGGUAUAUCUGGAGCCAUUCAACACCUGGCUGGGAUGAAGGACAGUAAGACAAUUGUGGCCAUCAACAAAGACCCAGAAGCUCCAAUUUUCCAGGUGGCUGACUAUGGUUUAGUUGCUGAUCUUUUCAAGGCUGUCCCUGAAAUGACUGAGGCUUUGAGCAAGUGAUCAGCAUCAAGCCAGGCCUCCUGCCCUUGUCCAUUCUCAACAUGAAAGGAUGGAUGUCCAAGAUCAUACUGGAAUCUUUCUCCAACGUUAUAAAUCUGCCUUAUCACGCUACCGUCGCCAUUUUGGAAGAAGUACUUGUGUGUAAGACAUGCCCAUAAUAGUCUCCGAGGUCCAAGAUUUUGUAAUCCUUUCUAAUUUCAGACAGAUUUUCUCUGUUAACCAGUAGUGUCUGCAACUCUUGUAUUUUAGUACAUAAUAAAAUGUAAUAAAGGGUACUGCAAUUUUGGAAAUACUAAGCUUUGUCUUUUGGGUUUGCAGUCUGUCCAGUGACUUAGCCAAUCCCUUGAGCCAGAAUGACAAGCCACCAAUGAGGCUUCUCUACAUUAAAUCGCUGGGUUUACAGAAGGGUGCUAUAAAGUUGGAUCUCAGAACACAUUAAUGAUCACAUAAUAAAUGGUCUCGCCACAUUGCUACAGCCACUGUUGCCACUAUACUCAAGGU